UUUAAACAAAUUUCAAUCCGCGACUCCACCCGUCGAUUUUUCCCUCUCUUCCUUCAUCCCACUGUGGUCGCUCCCCACCAAAGUCGCCGCCGUCGCCGCAUCCCGCAGAAACCACUGCCGCCGCCGCAUCGUUUCUGGACGUUUCAGAGUCUCUGCAACGUUGCUCACCGUCCUCAGCCUCUUCGAACUUCUUUUACUUCUUCCAAGUGAUGUUGCCGACGUGACGAACCACCCAUCCGAGCGCUCCCUAAUUUUGAUCAUCGAACCAAGAUGCGUCAAAAUUCAUUUCUAGUUUGACCGAGGACUUGCCUUUCAUUACUUCUUUCACUAUGAGGGAACUGUGUUCGUAUCUGUAAAUACUCUCUUGUCGGAAUCAAUGGCGAGCAGCAUCAAAGUCCACGGAAUCCCCAUUUCCACAGCCACCUGUAGGGUUCUAGCUUGUCUGUACGAGAAGGAGCUUCAAUUCGAGCUCGUUAAUGUCAAAAUGCACGAAGAGGAACAUAAGAAAGAGCCCUUCCUCUCACUCAAUCCGUUUGGUCAAAUUCCUGGGUUCCAAAAUGCACCUGUAGGGUUGGUUUUAACUUUUAAGAAAGACUUUUUCGUCUAUGUAGAAUCGAGCAGUGGAGCCAUGGCCAUGAAACCUUCUGCCGCACAAUUGUGGGCUCAAUCAAACAGAAUCCUCUCUCUUCUUGCCGCUUCUCUUUCCCCAAUUCACAUCCCCCAAAUUCAAUCGCAACUCAUCCUUCAAAACCUCCAUUCCAGCACCGCCAUAGCCCACCACUUCAUAAACGCCUGCCACUUCCUUCGACUUCUCGAUUCGGCUCUCCUCUUCUUCACCCAUUUCCCCAAUCCCCACGUCUUCGUCUUUAAUUCCCUGAUCAGAGCUUUCUCUCACUCCAAAAUCCCCCACACCCCUCUUUCAAUAUACGCCCACAUGAACAGAAACUCGAUUCUUCCCAACAACUACACCUUCCCUUUCCUUCUCAAGUCCUUGUCUGACUUUAACGACCUUGUGGGUGGGCAAUCUGUUCACACCCAUGUUGUGAAAUGGGGUUUUGUUUCUGAUGUUUAUGUGCAGAACUCAUUGAUGGAUGUUUAUGCGUCGUGUGGGAGAAUGGGGCUCUGUAGGAAGGUGUUCGACGAAAUGCCCCAGAGAGAUGUUGUGUCUUGGACUGUUCUGAUUAUGGGGUACCGAGGUGGGUUGAUGUUUGAUGACGCUUUGGUUGCGUUUGAGCACAUGCAAUAUGCGGGUGUCGAACCGAACUGCGUGACGAUGGUGAAUGCGUUGGCUGCGUGUGCAGGCUAUGGAGCCAUUGAAAUGGGUGUUUGGAUACACGAGUUUGUGAAGAGGAGAGGGUGGGAAGUGGAUGUGAUUUUGGGGACUUCUCUGAUUGAUAUGUAUGGGAAGUGUGGGAGAAUCAAGGAGGGGUUGGUUGUUUUUCAGGCCAUGAAAGAGAAGAAUGUAUUUACUUGGAAUGCACUCAUUAAAGGGCUAGCUUUGGCCAAGAGUGGAGAAGAGGCCAUUGCCUGGUUUAAGAGAAUGGAUGAAGAAGGAGUUGAGGCUGAUGAAGUGACAUUAGUGGCAGUGCUUUGUGCUUGUAGCCACUCCGGAUUGGUCAACAAGGGCAGGGAGAUCUUUCGAGCCUUGGUCGAUGGGAGCUAUGGGUUUUCUCCCGGAAUCAAACAUUUUUCGUGUAUGGUAGAUCUCUUGGCGCGUUCAGGGUGUAUUGAGGAGGCUUUUGUGUUGAUAAAAGAUAUGCCCUUUGAUGCCACAAAAGCAAUGUGGGGGUCUUUGUUAGCUGGUGGCAGGGCUAAUGGAAGCUUGGAAGUGAGCGAGUUUGCAGCAAGGAAGCUUGUUGAAAUGGAGCCAGAGAAUGGUGCAUAUUAUGUUGUGUUGUCUAAUAUUCUUGCAGAGAUGGGGAGAUGGGGUGAGGUUGAGGAAGUGAGAGAUAUUAUGAGAGAGAGAGGACUGAAGAAGGAUUCGGGGUCGAGUUCUGUUGAGCUUCAAGAGGUUGGAAGAUGUUUAUGAAUCGUUUUCAAAGUCGUAGAUUGA